AUGAUCAAUGACGUGAAGCUGAUGAAUGGGUUCACAGGGUUCAGGCUGGUGAACAGCAGCACACAGUGCUCGGGGAGAGUGGAGGUCCAAGUGCUCGGUGUCUGGGGCACCAUGUGUGACUCAUGCUGGGAUUUAUCUGAUGCCCACAUUCUCUGUCGUCAGCUUGAUUGUGGAUUUGCUGUGUCCACUCCACGAGGAGGGCGUUUUGGGAAAGGAACCGGGCCUGUCUGGAAAGACGCAUUCUAUUGUAAUGGGACUGAACUCCAUUUGUGGCACUGCCCAGUUAUUGCCUUGGGGGCCUCUCAAUGCUCACAUGACCAUGAUGUUAGUGUGAUUUGCUCAGGACACGAGUCUAAUCUGACCCUGUGUAACACCUCCCUGUCUGAGACAAUGCAGCCUGGUAUAGCUGAAGACGUCAGUGUUGUUUGCUCAGGAAGCAGGAGGAUCAGACUAUUGAAUGGGGCAGGUCUCUGCGCUGGGAGAGAGGAGGUGUAUUACCAGGGCACCUGGGGGACCAUCUGUGAUGAUUCCUGGGACUUGUCUGAUGCCAAUGUGAUUUGCAGACAGCUGAGAUGUGGAUACGCCAUUGAGGCAUGUCCUUCUGCUCGAUACGGGCAAGGCUCAGGGCAGAUCCGGCUGGACGAUGUGAAAUGCUCAGGGGAUGAGUCCGAGCUCUGGACAUGUCCUUCCGGGGGCUGGGGCCAGCACAACUGCCGACACAAAGAGGAUGCAGGAGUGCUCUGUUCAGACACAGAAAAGAUCCGUGUUGUGGGAGGAGAGGACGGCUGUUCAGGGAGAGUGGAAGUUUGGCACCGUGGCUCCUGGGGAACAGUAUGUGAUGACUCCUGGGACAUGGCGGAUGUGGAUGUUGUGUGUAAACAACUGGGCUGUGGACCUGCUGUGUCUGCCUUGAGUGGAGCAGCAUUCGGGGAAGGGGAUGGCCCCAUCUGGUUGGAGAAGUUGGACUGUCGAGGGACAGAGUCAUCUCUGUGGCACUGUCCUGCGAAGCACUGGGAGGACGGUAACUGCCACCAUAAAGAAGAUGCUGCUGUGAAUUGCUCUGGUGACCCCUGCUCUCAUCUGAGGCUCCGGCUGGUGAACGGCAGCACACAGUGCUUGGGGAGAGUGGAGGUCCAGGUGCUCGGUGCCUGGGGCACCAUGUGUGACUCGCGCUGGGAUUUAUCAGAUGCCCACGUUCUCUGUCGUCAGCUUGAUUGUGGAUUUGCAGUGUCAGCUCCAGGAGGAGGGCAUUUUGGGAGAGGAACGGGGCCGUUCUGGAGAGACACAUUCCACUGUAAUGGGACUGAACCCCAUUUAUGGCACUGCCCGGUUACUGCCCUGGGAGUCUCUCAGUGUUUCCAUGACCGUGAUGUCAGUGUGAUUUGCUCAGUCAGCUCCAAUGUGGAGCUGCUGAGAAAGCCUAUCAACCUGCAAAGUCUGAGCGUGGGACAGGUCCUGUGGGGUUCAGAAGUGUCCAGUGUGCUGGACAUGAGUUUAAUCUGA